UAUAUAAAUACAUAUAAACAUAUACAAAAUUUCAAAGCCUUAAUUUUUACAAAAACCAAUAUAAUUAAAGAGUUAUUAGCAAACAAAUUAAGAAAAUAAUAGUAAUAACAAUGGAGAUUAAUGGGAUUAAUGGUGAUAACAAAACCACAGGCAAGGUCAUCACUUGUAGAGGCGCGGUGGCUUAUGGGCCCGGCGAGCCGCUUGUGGUGGAAGAGAUUUUGGUUGAGCCACCUCAGAAAAUGGAGGUCAGAAUUAAGAUCAUGUUUACCUCAAUUUGUCAUACUGAUUUGAGCGUUUGGAAAGGAGAGAAUGAAUCUCAACGAGCAUACCCUAGAAUUCUUGGCCACGAAGCUUCAGGAAUUAUUGAGAAUGUGGGAGAAGGAGUGAUAGAUUUGAAAGAAGGAGACCAUGUAGUGCCAAUCUUCAACGGCGAGUGUGGCACGUGCGAAUGCUGCAAGCAUGUGAAGAGUAACAUGUGUAGUAGAUAUGGUGUGAACCCUAUGAUGAAGGUGAUGGAGAGUGAUGGAAGAACUAGGUUUUGGACCAAAGAUGGAAACCCGAUUUUUCAUUUUCUGAACACCUCAACUUUUUCUGAGUAUUCAGUUGUCCAUUCCGCUUGUGUUGUCAAGCUUCCCUCCCAACUACUCUCUUCUCCAUCUGAUUUUAAGAAAAUUACUCUAUUAAGUUGCGGAGUUUCCACUGGAGUUGGAGCUGCAUGGAACACUGCCAAUGUCCAACCUGGUUCAACUGUAGCAAUUUUUGGUUUGGGAGCUGUGGGACUUGCAAUUAGUGAAGGGGCAAGAGCAAGAGGAGCAUCCAAAAUAAUAGGGGUUGAUGUCAAUCCUACUAAAUUUAGCAAAGGUGAAGCAAUGGGGAUGACGAAUUUCGUAAACCCAAUUGAGUUGGAAAAGCCUCUGCAUGAGAAAAUUAGAGAGAUUAGUGGAGGAGGAGUGGACUUUAGCUUUGAAUGUGCUGGAAACUUGGAUGUUCUCCGGGAGGCUUACUUGUCUACUCAUGAGGGAUGGGGAAUGACUGUGGUUUUGGGGAUUCAUCCAAGUCCAAGAAUGCUACCAAUUCAUCCAAUGGAACUAUUUGAUGGUAGAGGAAUAUGUGCUUCUAUCUUUGGAGGCUUCAAAGCCAAGACCCAACUCCCUAUUUUUGCCCAACAAUGCAUCCAUGGGGAGGUGAAUUUGGAUGAAUUUAUAACACACGAACUUCCUUUCGAGAAGAUAAACGAAGCAUUUCAGCUACUCAUUCAAGGCAAAUCUCUCAGAUGCCUUUUGCAUUUCUGAUCACAUUUUUUCUCUAUUCAAAUCAACCUUAUAUUUAUAUAUUUAUAAUUCAUGUCAUGUGUAUAUAAUUAGGAGCUAAAGUCUCCAUUAAUAUAUGUAUAAAUAUCUAAUUAAAUAAUCAUCCUAAGAGGUGGAGUUUAAAAUUUGUGUAAUUAUGCAUAUUGGUGUAUAAAAAUCACUGAAAAUUAUUGUUAAAUACACUGCUAUUUCACUCUCCUAA